CCAGCUUCAAACUGCCAUCUUCCUCGAACGUUUCAACCUGUGCAGCAAACAACAUGCAGAGCCAGACAGUUGACCUAAAAAUCGAUUUCUCCUCACUCUCUGAUGCAAUCGGUGUACUGCAGAACGUCGUAAGAACUUAGUUUCAUAGGUGCUUGCCAGUCUGAAUAUAACAAUAAUUAACAUUCGUUUCAGCUCGCUCGUUCUCAAGUGAUUGUAUGUCGAAUCCGUAUGAUGCAUCAAUUACAUUUGUUUAUAAUAGUCAGAUGCCAGACCUCGAAACCCCAUACUCCCGAGCCAGAUUACCCCCUGCCAACCACUCUGCCAUCGAGCUCAAAGGCCACAGUAUCAGCGCCAUUAUCACUGAACGCCAGCAGCAGUUGGAUGGAGUUUUGCACGAGAUCUCAGGCCUGGAAACAGUGAUGGACGCUAUCAAUAGUAUUCACCGACAGCUCGUCGAAAAGAAGGACAAGAUCGUCCAGUCCAUUAAUUUGCACAAGAAACUUACAAGGGCUCUCUGGCGCUUGCCAACCGAAGUCAUAUGCCAAAUUUUUGUCCAUUGUCUCCCACGCCGUCACUUGUGGGCCAUAUCAAAGCAAGCACCCAUGCUGUUGACCAGAAUUUGCAGGCGAUGGAGGGAUAUUGCUAUGGGUUUUCCCAACUUAUGGUGUAGGCUGCGGUUGAACGCCGAUGGAGUUCAUGACAUUAACUGGCAGCCGAUAGCUUUCUACUAUGACUCAUGGCUCAGGCGAUCACGAGGACUUCCGCUCUCGUUGGAAAUCUGUUGCUUAUCAGAUAACGCGACCACCAAAAUACAAAGCCUUAUUCAACCUUACAUCAAUCAGAUCUUGUUUCUUUCUAUCUCUUUUUUCCUCAACGCCCACAAACCUGAACAUGUGUUAACAGACCUCGCAGCACUUCAGGAGCUGACAUUAGGCAUCUAUAGUCGUUCCGCUAUUCCAGCUAUUGCACAAUCUGUUUCGCGACUGUCGUUCAGUAUGCGCGACUUCAAAGCAACAUGGCCCAUAUUCUACCUCCAGGACUUCUCUGACUUCAAUCCCCUAUUGGCUCACUUGACAAAUCUCGAGGUUGCCAUUGGUCAAAUGGAUCUAGUGCCUCACUUGCUCCAUCUGUGUCCCAAUCUCUCGUCAUUAACGGUUCGUGCAGAUACCAAGCAGUUACCACGAACCAUCGAGCCCUUCACGCACCCCACACUUCAAUCCUUACGUAUUGCUCAUGAACUCGAGAGCACAAUACAUUUAGCCGACCUGUUCAUUGCUCUAUCACUCCCCAAUCUACGUUUGCUUGAAACUCGCUAUAUACAACCAUUGCAAAUAUAUUCCCUGUUCGACGCUCUGCCACCCCCAGAUUUACUUCAGCUUGAAGCUCGCUAUGAAGCAAUAUGGCCUCAUGUGCAAUUGACGGCAUUCUUGGCGCGGUCAAAUUGUCCCCUGGAGAGAUUGGUUUUUGGCGCUGGAGUAAUGACGACAGAUGAACAACAAGCGACAUACAUUGCCCAUAUUCCUUCCCUCGAAGUAGUCGUGGAUCCCAUGCAUCAUGGUCGCAAUUACUACAUGUAACGAUAUUGGACUAGAGCCUUAUAGUCACUUUAUGACGCUACUGCCUUGCAGUCAACUAGUGAUCCAGACUCACCAUCCGUGCCCUAUCAGCACCGACUCGUACAUUGUUCACAUAAUCGACAUUGUCUCAUUGUUCCUGUAAUAAUUCCAGUGAUUACUCUGCACCUCAUGUGUAUCCUAGUAGGAGGUGAGAGAAUAAAGGCACCGUUAUCAACGUU